AUGACUGCGACGGCCUGGGGGGCCUUUGCAGCCGCUGUGAGCUCAUCCGUUCGAGGCAAGAUUCCUGUGCACUUGAUCUCUUUGCUGACGCCGAUGGGAAAGCCAUGUUCAAUCCAGUCCGGCAGCACCGUGGCGUCAGGGUUUUUGCGCCUGACUCAACACUUCUCUCAGCAGUCCGUACUGGCAGCCCUUCUGUAUCAGCUCAGUUUCAAACUCAUGCCUGAACCUCUCCCGGGCUGCCCAGCCCAGAUCGUCAGCGAACGGCGACUCUUCGUGUACAUUCUCAAAUUCUGUCAGCACUUGCUGUGUCAGCAAGUCCUCAAAGCAUUGUCGAAUUCGAUUGCCAGCCCUUCGAAGAUGCGCAUUUCGUGCAACUGCUUUUUCAGGGUCUUUCACCAAUGA